ACAAAUCUUUAACUCAAUAAAGAAUGAGGCGCAAAAACAAAACCCUCAAACUUGUUCCGAUUCGCAUUAAAAAAACCCUAAUUAAUCCCAAAUUCUUUACUUUACCCACAAUUCAAUCACUUUAAAAAUACCCUUAGAGAUUUCUCGUUUCUCUUUUCUGCCUUUUCCCCACAAAAUCGGCAAAUUGAUAAACCCCGAAAAUCCCCCAAAUUCCCAGAAUUCUUCAAACCCCGAACAUGACCAACCCCACCCGACCCGUCACGGGCUACCCGGCCCCGCCCUACGCCCAGCCCAACGGCGGCUAUCCAUACUCUGCCAACCCGACCCAAACCCAACCCCGAGGCCCCUACUCCAACGCCUACAACCCACGAGCCGCCUUCAUCCGUCGCUUCGUCGGCGCCAUGAUCGCCCUCUUCGUCAUUGUCGGCUGCAUCCUCCUCGUCGUCUGGCUCAUCCUCCGCCCCAAGGUCCCCGACUUCCGAGUCGACUCGCUUUCUCUCUCCAACUUCAACGUCUCCUCCGCCUCGCAGUCCUUGACCGGCACGUGGUCCGUCGGCUUCAUGGUCUACAACCCCAACAAGAAGCUCAGUAUACGAUACGACGACGUCGAGUCCUCUAUCUACUACGGCCCCGGCUUCAUUUCGGGGACUCGGGUUCCGCCGUUCGCUCAGGGGACUAAGGAUCGGACUUCUGUCAACGCGACUUUCUCGGCGGCGAAUUCGUUCGUUGGCGCUUCGGUGGCGCGCGGCAUCGACGAGGCCAGGGCACGUGGGAGCGUGAGCUUCAACGUGAAGCUUUUGGCUAGGGUUGAGUUUCGGAGAGGUGGGUGGAGGCUGAGGCGGCGGCUCUUGAGGGUUUUGUGCAGUGGCGUGGCAGUUUCUCUUUCGUCGAAAGGCGGAUUGGGUACUUUGGCCGGCGGGUCAAGAGAUUGCCAGGUUGUUGUUUGAGGGGGGAGCAAUGCGUCUGGUGCAAAUGAGAUCAAGUAGAGCUCAUUUGCCUUUAAUGGCUCUUGGUGUUUUUUGAUGGAGGCUUGCUUAUUCAAGAGGAUUUGAAAAUGGAUGGAGGCAACAUUAUUUAGAAAGAAACAGAGUAGUUGCUUAGAACAUCUGUCUCAUGCUUGUUUUGGCUUGGGUUAUUAACCUCAUUGAAUCCACCUUACGAGUGGUUGUUUAGAACAUCUAUAGGCUUUGCCGAUCCUAGUGGAUUUGAAAAUGGUUGGAAUAUAUGUUCAAAAAUGAAGAGCUUUUUUUAGGGUUGAGUAUGGGAUCAAUGAUCUAAUAACAGAGUUGUGUAUAGAAUGUGUGUAACUUUUAGUUUUAACAGCAAUGUCUCCUACUUCUGUGAUGUGUGUUAUCUAUGUCAGAAGAGAAGAUUAUACCACUCUACCACUUAUCAGACUGGUUUA